UUCAAACAUUGCCUUCCCAGUCUUCUAUUUCGUGCCGCAAUAACUUUCCUUGUGCUUGGCAAUUUUAAGGUUUUUGCGAUCAGAAUUUGUAAAUUGACAAGGUUGCAUUCGAGAUUGUAAUAAUCUCCGCUCAUGAUCUUAAAAACGUAACAAACUUUGGAAGGGCGAUGCGUACGUAUGCAAAUGUAUGGAGCGACCCCACUAAUCGAAAUUCCACGCGAGUAGAUCGCCAUGGUGGCAGUUAUCCGACGUGGAACGACAAGUUUCAUAUGGACGUCAGCAAGUGCUUCCUCCAGCAAAAGGGCUCCACUCUGCUCAUACAAAUCUACACUAAAACUCUGCUGGGCAAAAAGAGAGUGGGAAGCGCCCGAGUGCCCUACGCCGACAUUUUGGAGGGAUUUACCAAGCCCGAUUCAAUUCAUUUUCUGAGCUAUCGAAUUAGGAGUCGAAAUGGCAGACCUCGGGGUACUCUUGAUUUGUCCCUCAGAUUUCUGGACAAAAUUGAUCAGUCUCUAGGCCCUUCAAGACCUCAAUCUGAGAUCAAGUUUCCGUCGUUUCCUUCAAGGUCGAGAAUAAAUGCAAGCUCAAAUGGUGAGUGUAAUAAUGGAGCGGUGAAUAGCUUUGCAAUUGGCAUUCCCAUCUCGCAGAUUUCGUAUGCCCGCCCUUCCCAAAUUUUCCCACAUAAUUCAAUGUAUUCAGAGUCGCAUAAUAAUUGCAAUGGCUACUACAAAUAAGCUGCAGAUGGAUCCUACAAAUUUGUUUUCCAUUUUUCCUGGAGUGGGCAAUGGGAGCACCUAACGUGAUGUAGAUGAAUCCCCUAUCCACUUCACUUGUAAUAACAUAUGCUUCAACCCCACAAUUUAUCGAUUUAAUGACAAACCAAAUUUUGCUACUUUUA